AUGGACCAGAUAAAGCCAGUGCCAGGUGCCCAGAGAAGGGGCCUGAGGGCCAGCUGCUGGAGGGUAACCGUUGCUGCUGCUGUGGUGGGCACCAUGACGGCCAUCUGCCUGGGGAUCCUGCUGGCCUCUCAGCCCGCGGGAGAGACCAGCUUUGAGCACACAGUGGAGCUGCGAGGAAUCGCCUUCAAUAGCAGCUUACAGGUGCAGAACUCGGACUACUACAGGGUGCUGACGCCUGCUCUCGAGAGGCUGUUUCUGUCCAGUUUCCAGGACUCCCAGCCGGACUGGAGCUGCACCGGCUGCACCAUCCUGGGCUACAGGUGACAGGUAAACGCGAGCGUGUUCGUCCGCUUCCGCCUCCGCUUCGCCCCCCACGAUUCCCAGCUCCUGAGCUCUGCCAUGGAGGAGGAAGCUCUCAGGCACGGGCUGGCAGCUGCCCUGCCCGAGCAGGGUCUCUCCCUGGCUGCGUAUGGGACCAUAUCCUCGGCUUCUCUCACAGGUCCCAGCGAGGUUUCUCCCCACAGACCUGGACUGAAGUCGGGGAGCUGCCCCGGAGAUACGUUCGCUUGCCGCAACACCCAGUGCCUGUGGAAAGAAAAAUGUGGUGGCCAGAAGGACUGCGCCGAUGCCUCCGCCAAGAGGGGCUGUGCUUACACGGGGACCACCUCCCUCAGAGGCUCCGACGGCGGCGCGGUCAAAAUGGGCAUCGCCCGGAUCAUCCCGCACCCCUCCUACAACACCGACACAGCUGACUACGACGUGGCCGUGCUGGAGCUGAAGAGACCUGUGACCUUCACCAAGUACAUCCAGCCCGUGUGCCUGCCAGACGCGGGGCACCACUUCCCCACCAGCAAGAAGUGCCUCAUCUCCGGCUGGGGCUACCUCAGGGGGGAUUUCUUGGUGAAACCCGAGUUCCUGCAGAAAGCAACAGUGGAGCUGCUGGACCAGACGCUCUGCUCCAGCCUCUACAGCCACACCCUCACGGACAGGAUGAUGUGCGCUGGCUACCUGGAGGGGAAAAUCGACUCCUGCCAGGGUGACUCUGGUGGGCCUCUCGUUUGCCAAGAACCAUCUGGCAAGUUUUUCCUGGUGGGAAUCGUGAGCUGGGGAAUCGGAUGUGGUGAAGCCAGGCGGCCCGGGGUUUACACACGUGUUACCAAGCUCAGAGACUGGAUCUUGGAUGCUAUUUCUUCCUCCCCCACCUCCAUAGCCCAUCCUGUCCUGCCAAUACACUCCAGUGCUAACAGCAACGUGGUCAGCUCUGCAGAGCUCAACACCACCACGGCCGCAGCAAUCCCCACGGCUUCACCCGCCCCCGCCGGGCCCUCCCAGCAGCUCUGCAAGGAGAUACAGAUGCAGGAGUGUGGAGGACGACCUGGGUUCUCUAAACCCAGCAAGAUCGUGGGAGGAACAGAUGCUUCCGGAGGAGAGAUCCCCUGGCAAGUCAGCCUGCGAGAAGACUCCAGGCAUUUCUGUGGAGCCACCAUAAUCGGGGACCGCUGGCUGCUGUCAGCAGCUCACUGCUUCAACGAGACAGAUCCAGAGGAGAUCGAAGCCUACGUGGGAACAACAUCACUCAAUGGAACAGACGGGAAUGCAGUGAAAGUCAACGUCACAAGAGUGAUCCCGCAUCCCCUCUUCAACCCUGUUAUGCUGGACUUUGACGUGGCUGUACUAGAGCUGGCAAGCCCUCUUGUCUUCAACAAAUACAUCCAGCCCGUCUGCCUCCCGCUCGCUGCGCAGAAGUUUCCUGUUGGCAAGAAAUGCGUCAUUUCUGGCUGGGGGGACCUCGAAGAAGGGAACGUCACCAAGCCUGAGGUCCUGCAGAAAGCCUCCGUGGGCAUCAUAGACCAGGAGACCUGCAACUUCCUCUACAACUUCUCCCUCACGGACCGAAUGAUCUGCGCUGGCUUCCUGGAGGGGAAGAUAGACUCAUGCCAGGGAGACUCGGGUGGACCCUUGGCCUGUGAGGUGACCCCAGGAGUGUUCUAUCUGGCUGGCAUUGUGAGCUGGGGCAUCGGUUGUGCCCAGGCUAUGAAACCUGGUGUGUACUCCAGAAUUACCAAACUCAAAGACUGGAUCCUGGACACCAUCUCACAGUGGCCCAGUCCCGGCACAGGCACCCCUUCCAGUUCAGCCAUCACUAGAACUCCUGCUGCAGCCAUCCUCACCCACCAGCCCAGCUCAACAGCAGCAAGUCCAAUCAACAGAACCACCCUGGGGAUGAAGAUGACCACAAUCGUGGAAGAAACCUCUACAGGUCUGAAAACCACUGAGCCUGCCAAGCCUACCCAGACCCCAGUGGUGCCUUGUACCAGCCUCACCUUCAAGUGUUCCAGCAACGUCUGUAUUGGAAAAGAAAAUCCUGAAUGCGAUGGCGUUGUUGACUGCAGCAACGGCGUUGACGAGCGCAACUGCGACUGUGGCUUAACAACUGCUCUGGCCUUCAGCAAAAUCGUGGGUGGCAGCACUGCGGCUCGAGGAGAGUGGCCCUGGCAAGUCAGUCUCUGGCUUCGGCGGAAGGAGCACAAGUGCGGGGCUGUCCUCAUUGCCGACCGGUGGCUGCUCUCCGCAGCUCACUGCUUUGACAUUUACAGCGACCCCAAAAUGUGGGUGGCCUUUCUAGGAUCCCCCUUCCUGAACGGCAUCGAUGGCAAAACGGAGAAAAUAUUCCGUAUCUACAAGCACCCUUUCUACAACGUCUACAGCCUGGACUACGACGUGGCACUGCUAGAGCUGAACACGCCCGUCAAGUUCAGCAACACCAUCAGACCUAUAUGUCUGCCAGACAACUCGCACAUCUUCCAUGAAGGAGCCAGAUGCUUCAUCACAGGCUGGGGCUCCACGAAGGAAGGAGGUCUCAUGUCAAAGCACCUCCAAAAAGCAGCAGUGAACAUCAUUGGAGACCAGGCCUGCAAAAAAUUCUACCCGGUACAGAUCAGCAGCAGGAUGGUGUGUGCCGGCUUCCCGCAAGGCGCCGUCGACAGCUGCUCGGGGAGUGGCGAUGCCGGUGGGCCCCUGGCCUGUAGAGAACCCUCAGGGAAGUGGUUUCUAGCAGGAAUCACAAGCUGGGGCUAUGGCUGUGCCAGGCCAUACUUCCCUGGUGUCUACACCAAAGUCACAGCCGUCCAGGGCUGGAUUGCACAGAACCUCAAGCUCUGA